AUGAAGAAAGUCAACUUUGUGUCUGCUGAGGAGAUGGAACCAGUCCAAGAAGGGGAGGAUACACAAUUUGCUGAGGUGUGCUACAUGAGCAAUGGGCAAGGAGGUUACAACAAAGGAUACUAUAAUUACAAGUCCAACCCUGCCAUGUCAUACCGCAACACUGAUGUUGCUAACCCUCAGGACCAAGUCUAUCCUCAACAACAAGCAGCUCGAUCGAGUCAAGGCUUUCCCCACCAACCGCCCCAGCCUGCACCUUCACAAGAGAAUGAGCUCAAGGCAAUGCUAAAGCAACUACUUCAAGGGCAAGCUGAUGGGGUAGUGGACACAAGCAAGAAGCUAGCUGAAAUAAACUCUAAGAUCGAGAACCUCAACACAAGGGUUUACUCUCUGGAGAAUCAUGCUUCUUCUGUUGCUGCUGCUACAAAGCAAGGACAACUACCUGGUAAAGCUAUUCAGAACCCCAAGGAACAGUGCAAGGUCAUCUUCACUCAAGAAGGACUUGUUGAAGAAGAGGAUCAAGAAAGGGUCAUUGAAGAUUUUUGUUUACUGCUGAAUGAUGAAGAGAUUGUUGCUGCUGAGGCUCCUGGAGUCCAGAUUGAUCAACCAGAAGUGCAGGCACCUACUGUGGCCAUUCACACUUCACCAGUUGAGCUCGCACGACAAGCUCGAUCGGCAGCUCGAUCGAGUCCAACUCUAGCUCGAUCGAGUCCGACCUCUUCUGUCCGAAGCCUGUUUUGCUUGAUCCUUACCAACCGGUUGCCGCUUCCUCGUCUCGCCUACUUAGUCAAGGUCACAAGGAAGUGA